AUGCACCAGUGCUCAAUAUGCCUUAAAAUAUUCCCGCGCCCCAGCGGUCUGAAUACGCACAUGAACUCUCACUCGGGAGCCAAACCCUACAAGUGUCCGGUACCAUCGUGCGAUAGACACUUUGCAGUCCGAUCUAAUGCCAAGCGCCACCUGAAGACGCACGGCAUAAACCCCUCUCUGAUGGAGGGCCCAUCUCAGGGUACCAACUUUAUUGUUGGGUUUGAGGAGCCUCUCGUAAAUCACCAUGUUCACGAUGCAGGCCGGCCACCGACAAGACUUAGGUGGAUUCCGCACAGCCUCGCCACGAGGACGCAACCCGUCACUGAGUGGAUCGGCUCCCAAUCGACGGGUGGGGACGAAUCGAAAAGAACAUGCCCUGUACUCUCAGUACUGCUACCGGCAGCGGCACCCUCUUCGUCAUCGAACCAAUCAGCUUAUCGUUACGACGCUAGUAAUUACGCUGAGGCGGGUUCUCGUCAUUACCAUUCCAGUCAGGUCCGUCUUCGCCCCACUCGGGGGUUAAAUCGCACUGAUGCCUAG